CGGGGCAACGCCGGCCUGAGGGAAGAUGGCGGCGCCCAUGUGGCGAGCAGCACUGGGCGGAAGUCGGAGGUGGCGGGGCUUCAGCACGUCGGCCGCGCUGAGCCGCCGGACCCCGCCUCUGGGGCCGAUGCCCAACGAGGACAUCGACGUGAGCAACCUGGAGCGGCUGGAGAAGUACCGCAGCUUCGACCGCUACCGGCGCCGAGCGGAGCAGGAGGCACGGGCCCCGCACUGGUGGCGGACCUACCGGGAGCAUUUCGGGGUGGAGUCAGAUCCCAAAGACAAGAUUGACAUUGGGCUGCCUCCACCCAAGGUCUGUCGGACCCAACAGCUACUGGAGCGGAAACAGGUCCUCCGGGAGUUGAGGGCCAAUGUGGAGGAGGAGCGGGCUGCCCGCCUCCGCACAGCGUGCAUUCCACUGGAGGCUGUGCAGGCUGAAUGGGAGAGGACCUCUGGCCCCUACCACAAGCAGCGUCUGGCGGAGUACUAUGGCCUCUACCGAGACCUGUUCCAUGGUGCCACCUUCGUGCCCCGAGUUCCCCUGCAUGUGGCCUACACCGUGGGUGAGGAUGACUUGAUGCCUGUGUACUACGGCAAUGAGGUCACUCCAAUGGAGGCUGCCCAGGCACCACAGGUGACCUAUGAGGCAGAGGAGGGCUCCAUGUGGACACUGCUACUAACCAACUUGGAUGGACACCUGCUAGAGCCAGAUGCCGAGUAUGUCCACUGGCUGGUAACCAACAUCCCUGGCAACAGGGUGGCCGAAGGACAGGAGACGUGUCCCUACCUGCCCCCUUUCCCUGCCCGGGGCUCUGGCUUCCACCGCUUUGCCUUCCUGCUCUUCAAGCAGGAGAAGCCAAUCGACUUCUCUGGGGAUACUCGGCCCUCACCCUGCUACCAGCUUGCCCAGCGGACCUUCCACACUUUCGAUUUCUACAAGAAACACCAGGAAGCCAUGACUCCAGCUGGCCUGGCCUUCUUCCAGUGCCGCUGGGACGACUCGGUCACCCACACCUUCCACCAGCUUUUAGACAUGCGGGAGCCCGUGUUCGAGUUUGUGCGGCCACCCCCUUACCACCCCAAGCAGAAACGCUUCCCCCACCGGCAGCCCCUUCGCUACCUGGACCGGUACAGAGACAGUCAUGAACCCACCUAUGGCAUCUACUAAGUGGCCAGACUGCCACCCACCUCAGAGGGUGGGCUGGACCUCUCAGGCCACUCUAUCAGGCUCUGCAGGAAGUUAACCAUAAACACACAGGUCCCUGGGGCCAAGCUGUGGGGUUUGGGGCCCUGUCUGAGGCAGCCCCUCUGUUGCCCUCCCAGCAGGCCCAGGGCCUAGGCGUGAAGAGGCUCUCUCCAGGGGUGGUGGCAGGGGUGGUGCAUGAAUAAAGAUGAUUUCUGCUAUAGCUGGUCUAGGUCUGUGUUCUGGGAGCAGCCAGACCCACCCCCUCCACCAUGGAGUUGUAUUGCUUCAUGGGUGGAAAGAGGGCUGCCCCCCACCCCAGGGGGUAACCCCCCACAUCUGCCUCCUAUGGGUGUCAGAGGCUCUGCGAUCCAGUGGCUGAAGACAGGUCCAGAAGAAAAGCAGGCCUCUGGAAAGAGAUGUGCCCAUUGAGCGUUGGCCCCUAACUGGCUGUAGGGUGCAGGCUCCUGCCCUCUCAGGCUUCAGAUCUUAGGCACACACAGCCCUGCUUGGGCCUAGGAAGCCCCUGCACCCUCCCUGGUUGUUAGGGUAUUUCUAACCUCUAAAGAAAGACUGUAGCCAAGCAGGAGAUCUGUGCACCUUUUCCAGAACGGGCAACUUCACCUAUUUACAACACACAAGACAGUGCUGCUUUGUGUUGUAAAGCAGAGGGCCCACACGGGGUUCCCAGUGCAGUUGAAGAGUGCUUUCGGUUUCCAUUAAAGGGGGUAUUGAAAAAAA